UGUGAAUAACAUGGAACAAUCAGAAAAUUUAGAUAAUGAUAAAUUUAGCAAUUACUAUGCACUAUUGGUCGCGUUUAAAACUAUGAAUGAACGUUGUCAACAAUUAGAAGCAAGAUUAUCUACUGUUGAAGAAGAAAAUAUGUGUUUAAGACUGGAAGUUGGAAAGUAUGAGUCUGCAGCCAUUACAAAACCUAAUGAUAAUAAUGAGGAAACAAUUUUUGGUUGUCAGGAAAAAAUAGAAGAGCUUAGAAAACAGAAAUCUCAGCUUACUCAUCAAGUUUUUAUGGUAGCAGGAGAAAAUCGUCAGUUAUGGAAGAGAUUAACUAAAUUAACAAGAACAAAUAAAUCUUUAGGAAGUCAAUUGACAAAAAUCUCUGCUACACUUAAACAACAUUCUGCAGCACAAUCAUCAGAUAUUACGUCCUAUAGUCUUUGUGAUAUUUCUAACUCUACUAAAGAAGAUAAUACUGAGCAAAAUGCAUUAACUGUAUAUAACGGUAAAAAGGAACAAAGUUUAGAGGAAAUAUCACUUAAACUUAUGAAGAGUAUUAUGUUAGAAAAAUCUGAUCUUGAACAGCAGUACGCAGAGAUGGUUGAAUUACAAAAUAGCACAGAAAUGGACUUACGAAAUAUUGGCUUCACUUAUCCAGAAGAUUCUGAUACAGAUUUAGAGUUGUUAAAACAACAUGAUAUUAGAUUGUCACAAAUGAAAAAUACUUUAUUAGCACAACAGACUAAAUUAAAAAGGGCGCUACAGAAUUUUAAGAAAAAGAAAGAAGGAUUAAUGUGUAAUAACUGUCGCAUGAAUGCAAAUAAAAAGUUGUGUCAAGCAAGUACACAAUUUAGUUUCAAUGAGAGUAUUAAGGAACAUGGUGCAACUCAAACCAGUCUUCAAACUCCAAGUCUAUCAUUGGACAAAUGUUCCAAUUCAACAGAUAAUAUAGACCAAGACAAUAAAAUUUGUCCACUAUGUGGAUUGUUUUAUGGAAAAACUAUUUCAUUUUCAGAAUUUCACGAACAUGUUUUGGAUCAUUUUAAUAAAGUAGAUGGUUUUGACAUGUGA